CUUGCAAGGGCGGCCUUGCAGUCUCCCUCGCAACGUCCGCAGUUGCGCGCUACGUGCCCCCGACAACUUGUCGAUAUGCGAUCCGCAAAGUGAAGCAAGGGUCCAGCAGCGAUAAGACAGCCACCGCAACAGGUUGUUCCGUCUCAUCCCAGCCCUGUGCCGAUUGCGGCUGGCGUCUGUCAUCCCACGCCGUAAACGCAACCACUGACAUCAUCGCUCUGAUGAACACUUCAAUAAUUGCCGGCAUAAGUGCAAGCAACUGUGCACCAGCUAAAGGCCGCUAGUGAACUGGUGUGCCGACAGAUUGACGACCACAGCGAUCGGCGCGUCUCCGAAGAACCGGCGGAAUCACCCUGCUCGCUUCCAAAGUGAGAGAAUAGUACCGAAGUGCUCCUGAGUGCUGAAAACCAAGAUGAAGUCACAUCACCUCGUCGUGUUUGUGGGAAUUCUCUGUACGACAAAUAUAAUGUGCGAGCCUCAGGCCGCACCGUACAGCGGUCAGCCUUCGCCGCUGCUGGGUGACUCGCAGCAGAGCUCAGCGAUGCGCGAGCUGUCCAAAGCGCACGCCGAGCAACUGGCCCGCGCCGAGGAGUCGAUCGCCGAGCUAGUGCGCCAGCUCAAGGCGCUGUCGCCCGACGACGCCCGCCGGGAGCCGCUGGCCGCCCAGCUGCGGCAGCAGCAGCAGGCACUCAGGAACACGCGCGACAAGUUCCGCGACCAGCUGCUCUGCGUGCUCAAACACGAAGCCGCCAACAAUGGCACCCUCGCCGAUGACAAGGAGACUCAAGACGCUGUCCUGCUACAAUGCACUGGAGCCGUUUCACUGACUGCAGGAGUCAACGCUUCUCAAACGCAAGACAACGUGACCGCGAGACGAUGACUAUCGGCAAUGUAGCACUAGUAGAAGUGAAUCGUGCUCCAAGACUGUUUUUCGACAGCACCGAGGAGCACGCAUAUUUAAAUGACAAUUAGUGACGGCAAGCGUGCGGCAGAUGAUUCCUUGCGAGGAGUGCCCAACUGUAUCAAAACAGGCCAUGGCAGAGCGGUGAAAAGAAGAAUAUCGUUGGGGCUUAAAUUCAAUAAAAAAAGCCUCCAUUUAAUAAAAA